AUGGGCUUCGCAACCGGCUUCACCGGCGGCGUGACGCUCACCCUGUCACUGGCAUAUCUCUCCGUCCUCGCCCACCAGCGCAGCCGCGAGGCCCAGAGCCAAUCGCUGCGCACGCAGACGCUCAUGAUCCAGCACCUCCUCGACCCCGUCCCUCAGCCGCUCCCCCCGACACGGUCCGAAGUCGCCGCUGCCCAGCGAGAAGCUGCCGUCGAGGUCAUUAAGCAACGAUGGAACUCGGAGAUUGAAAAUGCCGUACGCUGGGUGCAGCACACGGACUGGGACGAGGUGCGGGAGAGCAUGGAGGCCAGGGCCGCGUACCUUUGGGCCAAGGCGACAGGCCGGUCCGUGGAGGAAGUGGAGAGGGCCAGGCGCGCUCUGGAGCCGGUCAAGAGGACGCAGGCCAAGGCUGGAGGCGAGAUUGCUGCUGCUACGAGAGGCGCGUUCAGCCAGGCCAAGGAAACAGUCGAUGCUCUUGAGAUGACCGCGGAGAACCGGGCUCUGGAUGCAAGACUAAGAACGAGGAAAGCCAUGGAGGAGACGGCCGCCGAGGCCAAGGAGAUUGUGAGCGCAACCGUGGACAAGGGCCGGGAGAAGGCAAAGGAGAUCGUGGACAAGGCGAAGAAUGCCGUUGGCCUGGCGGGUGAGCAGGUGGCAGAGAUGACGGGUAACACAGUCAAGUCACAGCUGGACCCUGUUCAAAAGGCCCUGAAUCAACGAUACCAGAGGUCCCAAGACACGCGGACACCGGCGGAGAUUCUCCAGGAGAGAUAUAUCCCGAUGGAUAAGCGAGACAACACCAUCCUGCGAGGACUGUAA